GAUUUUCCAAAUGGAGUCAGAGAAGACAUACACUGCUGCAGUCAUAGGAGGCACAGGAGCUAUUGGCAAGAGAUUAAUAGAGUUAUUACUCAAAGAUGACAGGUGCCAAAAAAUAGUAACUGUUGCUAGAAACCCCUUACCUGACUGGGAAGGACAAGAGAAACUCAAGGUAGUGCAGAUGGAUAAUAUGGACAAUAUGGCAGAAGCUAGCGAAGAGUUUGAAGGAUGCCAGAAGUUCUAUUGCUGUCUUGGAACACGAGUUAAAGUUGGCAAAGAGCUUUUUGUCAAAGUUGACAAAACUUAUCCUAUCGAAUUCGCAAAGAUAUGAGCAAUGGAAGAGAAAGCCGAUAGAUAUACCCUCGUGUCUUCUGGCAGAGCAAGCUCGAAAUCAUGGCUGCUGUACUUUAGGACUAAAGGAGAGUGAGAAGAAGAGCUCAGCAAGAUGGGGCUACAAGGACUGACGAUUAUGAAGCCAGGCUUGCUGACCAAGAGAGAUGCUGAUUUUAGAUUAGGCGAAAAGUUGGGCUCCUAUGUACCGUUUAUACCUAAGAUUGAUUGUAUUGAUGUAGCAAGAGCGAUGAUUGAAAAUUCCCUUGAGUCUACUGAGACAUUGGAAGUUUUAGAGAAUAAAGAUCUACAUAAUUGGGCAGAGAAAUCAAAAUUGUAAGUC